AUGCUCGGAGACGCUCAAUUGGACGCCUGCGAGUCUCAGCUCCGGUCGUUCCGCAUGAUGAACGGCCAGUACUACGAGACUCUGCAAGAAAUCCUCCGCAAGUAUGAGAGCCUGGUUGAGGACUACCGCAUGCUCCGCAGCGACUACGAAGAGGAGAAGGAGAAUCGUGAGAAGUACAAGCGCCAAGCCCGCGGCCAGGAGAAGAAUCCUUUCGUCUUGGUGCUCGUCGACGGCGAUGGCUACACCUUCAAAGACCAUCUGAUCAAGAACAACCGCGAGGGAGGCGUCAGUGCUGCCCAGCUCAUGAGCACCGAGAUCCGCGAGCGUCUGCGGAAGCUGGGCCAUCUUGACCACUGCCGCCUGGUUGUUCGCAUCUACAGCAACUUUGCUUCCAUCUCCCGUGUCCUGAGCCACCACGGUCUCGUUGGCGCCCAUGCUCGAUCAAUUGCUCCCAUCGCUGCCGCCUUCACAGGUGCCAAAGACCACUUCGAUUAUGUUGAUGCUGGAGAGGCAAAUGGUGCUGUCUUCACCAAGGUUGAAGAAACCUUCCGCCUUUUUGCCGAGAGCGGCCAAUGCAAGCACGUAUUUUUUGCUGGCUCCCACGAUACCCGCUACAUCCCUCUUCUCAGUCCCUACUUGGGAAAAGCUGAUAAGAUCACCCUCAUCAAGUCCCCUGCUGACCAGUCAGAGUAUCGUUCUCUCGGCCUCCCCAUCGAGAAAUUCGCAUCAGUCUUCCGUGAUGUCCCAUUUCCCGCUCAAAACCCCGGCAACACUACCAUCAAGGGUGCCGCCACCAAGCAAGCCAUGCCUCAGCCAGAACCCGUCAAACCUGUCGUCGAGGAGCGCAAUGACUUGUUCAGACUUAACGGCGCAAGUUCUAGGAACGAUAGCGAGGACUACACCGAUCCGAAUGCUCCCAAGCCGUGCGCCAUGUUCGUACGCAAAGGGAUAUGCAAGUUUGGCAAAGGCUGCAAAUUCAGCCAUCCCCCGAAGGGUUCCGACACCCCCCAGGUGCCUCAGAUCAAGACGAAGACCAAGGAAAACUGGAGGGACGGCAAUGCCUUCUCCGACGAUUGGGGGAAUAAUGCCCCCGAACCAUCCUAUGGGGAUGAUUGGGGCGCCAGCUCCAAGAAGCCGGCCAGCUUUGCAGAUGACUGGGGCAAGGUUCCCAAACCGAGGCAGGGCUCCCUCAUCCAGUCCAGGUUUGCCGAUGACUGGAGGGAGAACUCAAGGCCUUCGACUGCCGGCUUUGCCGAGGAUUGGGGCAAUGGUCCUCAGCAAAACUCCAGGAACGGAUCCAUCUCGAGUAACAGUCUGCCUUCCCGUGCCCAGAAGCCAGGCUCAAUUUCGGAACUUAGCAUGGGCUCUCGCCAUCAGGAAGAGAUCAAGCCACAUCAGGCUGAGGCUCUGCGUAGCAAGUGGGAGUCGGAUACUCCGGAGUCGCCCAAGACGAAGGACUCGAUGCCUCCUCCUGAAAGGCCCCAGUCAAAGAAGUUCAACAGUGCCUUCACCACCGCCGCAGACCUUCCUCGCCCGACGCCCGAGACCGAAGGUAUGAUUCCCGUCAACAAGUACGGUGACCGUCUGGACUUCUACCUCCCGCGCCCCACGGCCGAAGAAUAUUCCGCGUACAAUGCCAUGGCCAAGGAGCCUGGAAGGAAGCCCUGCAACGAAUAUCAGCUUCGCGGUCACUGCCCCUCUCUUGCCGCCGGCAAUGACUGCGAAUACGACCACAACCCGCUCAGCCCAGAACUGUUCCAUGUGUUGAAGGUCAUUGUGCAAGGAUACCCGUGCCCGAAGCAAGGCGCCUGCCGCAAGUCGGAUUGCUACAACGGCCACGUCUGCCAGCGCCCGGGCUGUCGCGGCAUAUAUCCCUGCAAGUUCAAGAACGACUACCGCGCGCACAACCUGGAUCCGAAGGUCGCCGAGUGGGCUCCUGCCAUUGACAUAGCAGAACGCGAGCCGGACGACGCAUCUAGUGUCACCAUGGGCGACGCAGUGCCAGAAGCCGUACCGAAGCCGGCUUCUUCUGUAGCCAGCGACAUCAAGCCGGACGUGCCGGAAUGGCACCCGGAGUCAGCAGCGUGGAACCCCGACGCGGCGGACUGGAAUCCUCAACCUGCCACCAAGAGCUGGAAGCCGGCGGCAGCCGAGUGGAAGCCCGACACUACCACCACCUCCUCCACAAUCUUUGAUUUGAAAAACAGCACCUGGAAGCCGGCCGUCUCCAGCUGGAACCCCAAUGCCACCGUCUGGAAGUCCAGCCAAGUUGACCGCAGCGACAUCGACAGCGAUUCCGACAGCAUCGCGCCGCAGCCGGAGAAGGAGAUCCUCGACCUCGGCGCCGACGACAGCGACAACAACGCCGUCAGCAGCAUCUUCUCGCCCAAGGCCCGCGACGGCCGCCUCGACAGCGUCGUACAGAACGCCGGCGCCGGCGCCUCAAAGCAUCAAGAUCAGGCCACCACCAAGGCACCCCUCGUCGACACCACCGCUGCCGCCCAGGCCAACGGAGGCGGCUCCUCCUCGAACGGUGACAGCAGCCAGUCCCCGGCACCGCAGCAACAGCAUCCAGAACCCGAGACCAACCUGAUGGACGACGACUGGGGCAACCCGCCUGACGGCGCCGGCAUGACGUUCGCUGAGACGGCUGAGCCCGUCAGCUUCGAUGAUGACUGGGGCAGCGCGCCGCCGGGCGUCGAUAAUCCGGUCCUAGCCGACGAGCCCGUGGAUUUCGCGGAUGACUGGGGUCCGAGCACGAAGAAGGCUGCGCCGGCGAAGAGAGGACAACAGCAGGCCCCUCGCCAACAGAACCACAGAGGCCAGGCAAACCACGGUAGCAAUCAUUCCGGGCCGGUGUGGCCCUCGGAAUUGGAGAGGCAGCAGAAACAGAAGAACGAGUAUGACCACCUCCUAUGGGUGAGGACGGUCGACUAG